AUGUACAGUAUCAUUUAAUGUUAGGCGCAAUAGUCAGUAAUAAUAGAUAUUUGCAAAUUCUGGCAUAUGUCCGAUUCUAUUUUGUUAUUUUCAGUCUGUGAGGUGUUGUCACACUGACAUCAUGUUCAAUAUUGUUUUAAUAGUGACUGUGUUCAGUAUUCUACUCAGCAAUGGAUAUGGAGCGCAGCUACCUCCAGGGUUCAAGUUCGGAGCUGGUACAUCAGCACUGCAGAUAGAAGGCGGCUGGAACGCCAGUGACCGAGGAGAAAGUAACUGGGACAGACACCUGCACCUGUUCCCUGACACCAUCGACGGCAAUGGGGACGUGGCGUGUGACUCCUACCGGCUCUGGCGGAGGGACGUGCAGAUGUGCGAGGAGUUAGGGCUGGAUAUGUACAGAUUCUCAAUAUCCUGGUCUCGUCUUCUCCCGAAUGGUCUUCCCAACCACAUCAGCGAGGAUGGCAAGAACUACUACAACAACCUGAUCGAUGGUCUUCUGGAGAAGGGGAUCGAACCUGUUGUUACCCUGCACCACUUUGAUCUACCACAACGACUUCAAAAUCUUGGAGGUUGGACCAACCCGCUCAUAUCCAACUGGUUUGCGGAAUACGCGAGAGUGGCAUUUUCUCUAUACGCCGACCGAGUGAAGAUCUGGUUGACGGUGAACGAGCCACAAAUUCUGUGUGACUCCGGUUACAAUAAUGGAACGGUUCCCUACAUAAACGAUCCGAAGGUCGGUCGGUACAUCUGCAGCAAAAAUGUUCUGUUGGCACACGCGAAGGCAUACAGGAUCUACGAUAAAGACUUCAGGCAUUUGUAUCAUGGUAAAGUGGCCAUUGUCUUCCUGUACCUGUGGCUGGCACCAGCAACAGAAAAUGAUGUGGAAGUUACCAAUCUCGCCCGUCAGUAUAUUGAAGGAAGAUACGGCCACCCUAUCUACUCCAAAGAAGGAGGCUGGCCGAAGGAGUUGGAAGAAAUUUUAGCCAACAACAGCAGAAACGAAGGUUAUUCAGAACCCAGGCUCCCACCUUUUACUGAAGAAGAGAAAGAACUGGUGAAAGGUACAUUCGACUUUUAUGCCUUAAAUCACUACUCCAGCCUCCUGGUCAGGAAAGCGAAGCCUGGUGAGGCGAUUGGCAAGACAUUGGUCGAUGGCAUCGAAGAGUUGGGAAUAGUAUUGGAAGCGGAUCCGUCGUGGGAGAAAGGUGACAUCAAAUGGUUAUCGAUAUAUCCUGAAGGUCUCCGCCAGCAGCUAAACUAUCUGAAGAACACAUACAAUGUGUCAGAGAUCAUGAUCACUGAAAACGGAUUUUUCAGUAGCAAUGCUUCGCUCAAUGACGUCAGAACUGUGAACUAUACUAGGAAAUAUUUGGAACAAGUGGCGCUCGCGAUCCAAGAUGGCGUCAACGUCACAGCCUAUUUCCACUGGUCUCUCAUGGAUAACUUCGAUAAAGGAUAUGAUGCAAAAUUUGGACUUUAUGCAGUUGAUUUUACGGAUGCUAAUCGCACGAGAACGCCACGCCUGUCCUCCAGAUAUUACUCUAAAGUCAUCAAGACACAUUGCACAGAUCCUAAAGACUAUUUGAAAAAAUCAAACAAUAAGUGUUUAAGAAGACUAGUAGAGAUAAUACAUAGUUGCGAGAUUACACGCUGUAUCGUCAUGUACUAUGUAACAUCAGUAUACAUAAUGAAUUCUUUACGAGUACUUGUGUCUUGCAUCCUGAUCACCCGUUGCUGGUCUACAGAAGAACCGACCUUCCCACCUUCGUUCAAGUUCGGAGUAGCCACUGCUGCAUAUCAGGUCGAAGGUGCUUGGAAUGUUAGCGAUAAGGGCGAAGGUGAUUGGGACAGGCUCUUACACACGCAUCCUGAUUUGAAGGGACGAGCCAAUGGGGACGUGGCGUGUGACUCCUACCAUCUGUGGCGGAGGGACAUCGAGAUGUUAGAGGAACUGGGAGUGGAUAUAUACAGGUUCUCCAUAUCCUGGCCUCGUCUGCUUCCCACUGGGUUCCCCAACUACAUCAGCGAGGAUGGCAAGAACUACUACAACAACCUGAUCGAUGGUCUACUGGAGAAGGGAAUUGAGCCUCUGAUUACCUUAUACCAUUUUGACCUGCCACAGUCUCUCCAGGACUUGGGUGGCUGGGCGAAUCCUUUAAUAGUGGAUUGGUUCGAAGACUAUGCGAGGGUCGUCUACACUCUAUUUGGUGAUCGAGUCAAGAUAUUUGUGACAUUGAACGAGCCUUUUGUCAUCUGCGAACUGGGGUACAAUAGGGGUCAUGUACCCUAUUACCAGGAUCAGGAUAUUGGAAGGUUUUUGUGCAACAAGAACACCAUGCUAGCUCAUGCUAAAGCUUGGAGGGUUUAUGAUGAGGAGUUCAGGCCUUUGUAUCAUGGAAAGGUGUCCCUAUCGAACCUUUUCAUUUGGUUUGAACCCGCUACUCCUGCAGACAAGGAGCUGUCCGAACUGGCACUUGAACAUUGGGAAGGCCGCUACGGUCACCCAGUCUUCUCAAAAGAGGGAGGUUGGCCUCCCAAAAUCACGAAGUUCUUGAAUGAUAAGGCUAAGAAAGAGGGCUAUCCUUAUCCUAGAGUGAUUCCUUUCACUCCUGAAGAAAUUGAAUUUGUUAGAGGAACAUAUGAUUUCUACGGCUUAAACCACUAUACAACCUUCUUGGCACGUCCACCGAGACCUGGUGAGAAGAUUGGACCCUGGCCGCUGUACGGCUCCCAAGAACUGGGCAUGGUGAUGGAUAGCGACCCAUCCUGGACUACCGGAGAAGUGGAUUGGUUCGCGAUGCAUCCCGAAGGUAUAAGAAAACAGCUGCACUGGAUAAACGAUAAUUACGGAGUAAAAGAGAUCAUUAUAACAGAGAAUGGCUUCCUUAAAGUGAACAGACAACUCAAUGAUUGGAACAGAGUGAAAUAUACCAAGGAUUAUUUGGAACAGAUACUGCUUGCUAUCAACGAUGGGAUCAACGUCACUAGUUACUUGCAUUGGUCGCUGAUGGACAAUUUCGAGUGGUUUGUUGGCUAUAAUGUAUACUACGGACUGUACGCAGUGGACUUCAAGGAUCCGAAUCGCACCAGAACACCAAGAGAGUCCGCUCGAUACUACUCCAGAGUAACUAGGAGUCGGACCGUCAACCAUCGACAUAUUGGACUUAAUUACGUUUAAAUUAAAAAAAAACUGAAAACCUA